UGCUCUCGUUGUGACCCGUCAUCUUGGUUCUGGUUCCGUCUACAUUUUAGAUCCCCAGAUUUUAUUUGAGAUAAAAAAAUUAAACGAAAUUCCAGUAACAGGUCUGGUGGGCGGAGCUACAGCGAGACCCCACACCUGAGCAACUGCUUUCAGGUGGGCGGGGGAUGUUGGAGGGGGCGGGGCAAUGGGAUGUUGUUUUUAAAGUUUUGUGUUGGUGUCUGAUUGUGCACCGGAUCAGGGACAGCAGAAAACUGGUUAGAUCUUCAGGUUUUUGUGUUUCUGUGACUUAAUAAAGCAAAAUGUUCCCAAAAACUGGACAGUUUUUGCGUUUGUGUCUGAAGCUUCUGGAUUGGUUCCUCUGGAUGAUCCUGUGAAUGUUCUGUCGGAGGAACAUGGUUAGAGUUCGAGGCUAUUUUCAGACCUGGAGGUCUGCCUGCUGCAUCCUCAGUCAGCUUGAGAUGAACCUCAGCAAAGAGCGGAUCUGUUUCUACGUCUCACUGGUGCUGGUUUGGAGAUGCUGCACACGGAUCACCAUUCCCAUUUGCUGCUCCAGUUGAUAGAUGCCCGCUGUAUCAGGCUUCAUUUUGGGACGGUAACCUAGGUAACAAGCUAGUGAUCCUUGAUGUCUUUAGAUAGCUCAAAUGUUUUUUCUUGUUCCUCAGAGGAACCAUCCCAGAUACAUGGAAAGAAUUUGAUUCUCGGCUUGCAGUGACUUGGCUCACCCACCAGGUGGAGUCCUGCAGCUUUUAUAUCACCUGGACAGGUGCGAGUGUCCCCUAACAGGAGGACAUGGGGAUCCUAAAACCCCACCAAACUAAAUAGUUUCUCUCAUCCCUGCACUGGAUGCGAUGAUCAGAUGUUUUCAUGUUGGAUGGAACUCUUCAAACGGGGCCAGAGCUGAAUAUUCAGAUGUUCUGGGUGCAGAAGGUCUCUGAGGGGUGGGAAAAACCGAGGACGUUGACCUCACACCAAGUCUUCUAGACCAAUGUUCUCCAACACUUUCCACACCAAGCACUGGCCUCUUGUGGAACUAUGGGAGUGGUGUUUUUGGGGGUAAGGUUCAGUUGGUUCACCUGUGUCUGGACUAUGGAGCCCUGUUUUAACCAGACUCUUGUCCUGGGAUAGAACCCAGAUCGGAUUACUCUACCUGGUCCUGUGAGCCCCAGAGCUCCCACUCCAGUCCCUCAGAGGGAGUGGGUCUACUAGGAUCAUGAGCUGGUUCCACACAGCUUCAGAAAACUCAUCCGUCUGAAAAAAUACAUUACCAUUAAGGUGGACAUUGCUAUACAGUGAGAUGGGUGGGGCCAGGAAAAGGGGGUGGGGCCUCCGAUCCCAGCUGAGCGUGGGAAGUGACUCUGAGCUUAGUGAGGGAGAGUGUCGAUCAUGGCCUGUCUGAUGGCCGCCUGGUCUGUCCACAACCCCACGGUGACCAACUCCAUCAUCAUGAACACCAACGGGCCCCCAGACCUGAUGCUGGACCCCAGAACCGUGUGUGUCUGUUUGGAUGAGGCGGUUCACAAGAGACCAGCAGGAAGCCAGCGGACGCGGCUGCUGCAGGGACACCUGAAGAAGGUGGAUAACAACCUGAUGGAAGCCCAGAGGUUCUCCUCAUUACCACGGAGACCAGCUGUCAACAUCCAGUUCAAAGACGUCUCAUACUCCAUCAGGGAGGGGCCCUGGUGGAGGAGGACAGGUUACAAGACUCUGCUCAAAGGGAUCUCUGGGAAAUUCACCAGCGGGGACCUGGUGGCCAUCAUGGGCCCGUCCGGAGCAGGAAAAUCCACCCUGAUGAACAUCCUGGCCGGUUACAGAGAGACGGGGAUGAAGGGUGAGAUCCUCAUCAACGGCCAGCCCAGAGACCUGCGCUCCUUCAGGAAGGUUUCCUGCUACAUCAUGCAGGACGACAUGCUGCUGCCACACCUGACCGUGCACGAGGCCAUGAUGGUUUCAGCGAACCUGAAGCUGCAGGAGAAACCGGAGGCUCGGCGUGAGAUGGUCCAAGAGAUCCUGAUGUCUCUGGGUUUGCUGGACUGCGCUAGCACCAGAACGUCCCACCUGUCAGGCGGUCAGAGGAAGAGGCUUGCCAUCGCUCUGGAGCUCGUCAACAACCCUCCUGUCAUGUUCUUCGACGAACCCACCAGCGGCCUGGACAGCUCGUCCUGUUUCCAGGUGGUGUCUCUGCUGAAGGCGCUGGCCCGAGGCGGUCGGACCGUCAUCUGCACCAUCCAUCAGCCCAGCGCCAAACUCUUUGAGCUGUUUGACAAACUCUACGUGCUGAGUCAGGGACAAUGCAUCUACAGAGGGAAGGUGUCCAGUCUGGUUCCGUACCUGCAGGACCUCGGACUCCACUGUCCCACCUACCACAACCCAGCUGACUUCAUCAUGGAGGUGGCGUCUGGGGAGUACGGGGACCAGAUGGUGAGACUGGUGAAGGCUGUUCAGGACAGGAAGUAUGAGGAGGACCAUCAGACGGAGCUGAAUGGAGAUACUAGCCUCCACCCCCUCUUGUGGCAGCGUGCAGAUGAGAAUUCCCUCGAGAGUUCCUCCUCGGAGGGUUGUCACAGCUUCUCAGCAAGCUGCAUGACUCAGUUCUGCAUCCUGUUCAGGAGAACGUUCCUCAGCAUCUUCAGAGACUCGGUGCUGACUCACCUGAGGAUCUCGUCUCACAUCGGGAUCGGAGUUCUGAUUGGCCUGUUGUACCUGGGCAUCGGGAACGAGGCCAAGAAGGUCCUGAGCAACUCUGGUUUCCUCUUCUUCUCCAUGUUGUUCCUCAUGUUUGCAGCUCUGAUGCCCACGGUGCUGACGUUCCCUCUAGAACUGGGGAUUUUUCUCAGGGAACACCUGAACUACUGGUACAGUCUGAAGGCGUACUACCUGGCUAAAACAAUGGCCGACGUUCCGUUCCAGGUGGUGUUCCCGGUGGUGUACUGCAGCAUCGUGUACUGGAUGACGGCUCAGCCUCCAGACGCCGCACGGUUCUUCCUCUUCCUGUCUCUGGGGAUCCUGACAUCGUUUGUGGCUCAGAGUUUGGGUCUGCUGAUCGGCGCUGCCUCCACCUCGCUGCAGGUGGCCACGUUUGUGGGUCCGGUGACAGCGAUUCCAGUUCUGUUGUUCUCUGGGUUCUUCGUGAGCUUUGAUACCAUCCCCUGGUACCUGCAGUGGAUGUCCUACAUCUCCUACGUCAGGUACGGGUUUGAGGGCGCCAUCUUGUCCAUCUAUGGUCUGGACCGGGACGACCUUCACUGUGAAGAAAAUGAGACGUGCCACUUCCAGAAGUCCGACGCCAUCCUGAAGGAGCUGGACAUGCUGGAUGCUAAACUCUACCUGGAUUUCAUCGUCCUCGUCGUUUUCUUCUUCUCUCUGAGGCUCCUCGCUUAUUUCGUCCUCCGCUACAAGAUCAGGUCUGAAAGGUAGACCAGGACCUGAACCCGAACCAGGACUAGGAGGAUGAGGAACGACAGACAUGCAGAACUUAGACCAAAGUUAAGGCGUAGCUGUGUAGCCUGUCUCCAUGGGUUAAGAAGAAGAAGUCCCCGUCCCAUCUCCUACUGUCCCCUGGAUGGUUUGUCCCCUUCAGGGACCAGAGCUGGUCUCCUGGUCUCUGCAGGUUUCAUUGUGCCACAAUCUGAAGGUCUGUAGGAAAGCUGGCAGGUACCUUUCAGAAUAAAACCCUCUCCAGUCUGGACUGGUCAGCCACCUAGUGGAUCGUUGAAGACACAUUGACACGUCUUUUCUGUGUCCAGCUUUUAUUUUAGAGCUCAUUUGACGUCAAAACAUCCAACUGUCAGAUUAUUAAAGUCAUCCCGAACCUCUGA